AUGGCCAAGCUCGACCUUUCUGUGCCUGACCUAACCUUGCCCGAUGGCAAUAAAAUCCCUAUGAUUGGCUUUGGCUUGGGAACUGCAUGGUUCAAGAAGCCAGGGGCCAAGGAUGAGGCAUGUAUCCAAGCCACCCAGACUGCCAUCAAGGUAGGCUACACUCAUCUGGACGGAGCUGAAAUCUACAACACCGAAGAGGAGCUCGGCGAUGCCAUUAGGGCCAGCAAGGUGCCUCGCGAAAAGCUGUUUGUUACCACGAAACUGAACGAUUCCUCGGAUUCGAUCAACGAUAUUCCGGGGGCUCUCGACCGCAGUCUUAAGAAAAUGGGCUUGGAUUACGUAGAUCUGUACCUCAUCCACUCACCUUUCUUUGCCAAAGGGGACAAGCAGCGGUUGCAGGCGGCAUGGGCUGAGAUGGAGCAACUGGCCGCCGCGGGGAAGGCGAAGAGCAUUGGAGUGAGCAAUUUCCUCAAGGAACAUCUGGAUGCCAUUCUCGAAACUUGCAAAGUCAGACCGGCCAUCAAUCAAAUCGAGCUCCAUCCCUAUCUCCAGCACGGAGAUCUGCUCGCAUACCACCGGAGCAAGGACAUCAAGGUGUCGGCGUAUGGACCGCAGACGCCAGUGAUACGGGCCAAGGGUGGGCCACUCGAUGGUUAUCUGGACUCACUGGCGAAGAAGUAUGCCGUCAACCCAGGUGAGAUCCUCCUUCGAUGGUGCCUGGAUCAAAAUGUGGCGGUCAUCACCACCAGCUCCAAGGAGCAGAGGAUGAGUGACAUGCUCCGGGUCUUCACCUUUAGCCUCACGCCCAAGGAAGUUGAGGAGAUCUCCGACAUCGGCAAACAGCAUCACUUCCGAGCAUUCUGGAACCAUAUUUUUGACGCCAACGACAAGUCCUGA